AUGGCUAUUUACUAUCUGCCUCAAGAGACUGCCACUCCCCCUAGUGAUAAUAUCACCAAGGAGGAACGCCUUGUACUGCGUAGUCUAAAGGAGAAUAAUGAUAUUAUUAUUCUUCCGGCGGACAAAAUCAAUGCCACGGUGGUUAUGGAUAGGGAUGACUACUCCGGAAAGCUCAGUACAAUGCUAGGUGACUCUAGAGUUUACACCAAACUCAGAAAAGAUCUUGCUCGCACUAUUGAGGGCAAAACCACCGAACUCCUGAAGAAAGCUAGCCUUUCACCUGACUUGACUAAUUGUAAGUUCCUCAUUCCCAAAGAAUCNCCCCCCCCGGACUCUAUGGACUCCCAAAAAUUCAUAGAGUCUGUUCCUCUCCGUCCCAUCGUCAGCAACAUUGAGGGGCCAACUCACCAAAUAGCAAAGUUUCUCACGAAACCACUCCAAAAGUUGAUUGGUCGAUAUGGUUCCUACAUUGAAAACUCUCUGGAUUUUGUAACCAAACUGAGAACUCUCAGAACUGCCUCGGAAAACUCGGAGAUAAUCCAAAAAUCCAGGGAUAUCCUUUCCAAACUUCUCCCUAUGAUUGAGCACUGCUUGACAUCUACAUACUUCCAAUUUGGAGGAGACUUCUAUGAGCAAAAAUUACAUGCCGCUAUGGGUUCUCCCACUUCAUCUAUUGUUGCAAAUAUAUUCAUGGAAUACUUCGAAAAUGAAGUAUCGAAGUCAGCUUCGCAAACACUCUCUGUGUGGUUCAGAUACGUGGAUGACACUUUCGUCACUUGGUCACAUGAGAGAGCUGAAAUAGCACACUUCCUGGAGUACUUAAAUACCCAACACACAAACAUCAAUUUCACCAUGGAAGUUGAGCAAAAUGGAUGCCUCCCUUUCCUGGAUGUCCUCGUCCAACGUAACCCAGAUGGGACUUUAGGUCAACAGAAAAACUCUGUAAUCAGUUUCUUGAUGUACAAACCCCUCAGCAUUUCCCAGCCCUCCAACAUUGACAGCGAGGUUGAACAUCUUGAACCUGCCUUUAGCAACAAUGGGUACAAGAUGCAGCAAAUUCGAAGGAUCAAGAAUAGGCUACAGAACAAUCUAUCAGCUCCUCAAGAGGAGUCUAGACCUGAGGAAAACCAAGAGAGAUCCAAAGUGGCCAUCCUCCCCUACCUAAGAGGUACCAGGGACCGCAUGGGUAAGAUCCUAGGCAAACAUAACAUCCGAACGAUCUUUCAACCUCCAAAAAAGAUCGGACAGUUGUUGCGAAGUGCUAAGGACCCACGACCACCCUUAAGCGCGCCUGGGGUAUAUGAAAUCCCCUGCUCAUACGGAAAAGUGUACAUCGGAGAAAUCGGGAGGAAGAUUAGUGUUGAUCAGUACACGGAUCAAGAAAAACCAACGGUGCUCCAAAUAUGGUCACUUGGAACAGUCUGCCCUGGCUGA